AACAGAUUUCCACAUAAGUUAACAGAAAAUAUCGAUAUGAAGUUUUCAAUGAGAAAAAAAUUUGCAACGAAUUGUUUAAUCUGGCAUAUUGACCCAUAUAGCAACACGCACCUUGGAAACCAAGAAAACAAAAAAAAUUAGGUUAAAAAUUCACGAAACCGUUACUACGAAGUUCAAGGUGUUUCAAAGCAGACGAGAAAUAUGUUUCCGGAUCUUCCACAAAAGCCACCUCGAACUCUACGAUAUGUGGAAAAAGCAUUCGACCUGGUCAAAUCGAAAAAACAUGUUCGAGAUGUAGUGAUCCUCAACGAGUCGGGACAUCCGGUGAUGAGUACGAUGGACCGAGAGGAUGCUGUCCAAUUUUCGGGACCUUUUCAGGCUAUUCGAGGAAGACUGGAACGCGGUAUGAGUAAAAUAGAUCCCACGGACGAACUACUAAUGCUGAGAAUACGCACAAGAACCAACGAGGUGCUCCUGGUGCCAGACUCCAAGAUAACACUACUCGUAGUACAGAACGCGCAUGAUUACUUCGAAAAAUGAUUAAAUAUUUUAGAUUUCUCA